UGUGCGCCGUCGACCCUCACACCUCACACUCCGUCACCUUCACUCCCUCAUGUUCUGCGUCCGGGAUGCAGCACUCGCUUGGCCGGAAGUCAGCGCUGGCGUCCUUCCCGAGCCUGCACGCGCCCCCACCUGCCGACCAGCUGAACCACCUGCUCGUGCCUUCCGUGGGCUGGUCGGGACUCGCGGCAGCUGGUGGCUCGACGACCUGGCUUCCUGAGCGGGAGGGCGCCUUCGGGCUGGGGGAGAGGGAGGCGUAUCGUCAGGCGAAGGCAGACGCGGCGGCGGAAGGGACAGGAGGAUUGGCCGAGCUCCCGACGGCG